AUGAUCGUAACACGAUCAAAUGUUCCUAUCUUACAUUUCUUAUCCGUCCUUGUUGUUAUCUUGAAUUUCUGUUGUGGACUUCAUGCUUCUGACCAUGAAAGCGGUGAACACUCCCACUUAAUGCGCAGAGGAAUUGGAAAUAAGCCUCAACAGCAUCCUGAACAAGGGUCUCAAAGCGGUCUGCAUUCAACUUCUGCACCUCAACAGCAGGGACAUCAACAGCUAAGUGCUCAACAACUAUUGCAUGCUCAUUUGAGAGCAAGAUUGUCUAGCAUACAUCAUGCUCAGCAGCAUGCUCAAUUGCGAGAUUCUCUUUAUCGCCCAGCUGCAAGAGGUGGUAUAUCUUCUGCAUCACCUUCUGUCCAGCCGCGAGUUAGUGUUAAAAGUGCAUCAAGCGCAAAAUUCGAGCUGGUUCCAGUACCAGAUGGAUUGCAUGAUCAUGAUGCAAGAGCACAUCUUCAAAAUAUUCAAUCAAAAGCAUAUGCAGAUGGACAUAGACUUAAAGGACAUGCAGUCAUUCAAGUUCCAUCAAAUCAUGAAGCUAAGCAUGAUCUGCCAAAGGUGACAGUUCAUUCUGGGCGUAGGGCUGGUCUGGUACAUACGUCCUUUUUGCAAGCACCAUCAACGCCAAGGCAACCACAACAGUCUCAAAUGUUCAGUCAACAGCAUCAUCCAGGAUCUUCAUCUGUUGAUCCAGGUACACAUCAGCCCGUACACAGUUUUCAACUAUCAGGUUACACCGCCCCGUCCACAGCCCGUACACAUUCUGCAACUACGGCCAACUUGCUCGAUCGUGUAUCGGGGCAGCAACCAUCUCAACCCAUUACACAACACGCAGGUGACAAGAGAAGGCGUGAAGGUCACACAAAUGCGAAUUUGGACACAACUUUGAAAUUGGGAAAGAGGAGCUUAGAAGACUAUUCUCAGUAUCGUCCUCUAAAGAAGAGAGCAAGCAGUAGUGCUAGCGACAGCAAAGGAGAGCCUUCACCUUAUCAAAGACAUUCUCCAGACUCGGCCUCAGAAUCAGGUACCAGACGGGGAUCGGGAUCAAAAUACACUGACUCUUAUAAUACUAUUCUACGACUCAGAGACGAUGGCCACACAAUCAAAGGUACUUCAGACGUUGGAAUCGUUGCAGAUAAAAAAGCGAGGAUCCCACUACCUCAAAUUGACGUCGAUCACGGGCGUAGGAAAGGUCAUGUUGUUUCUUGGGUUACCAUCUCUCCAAAAAGCGCCAAGAAGAGAGACAAAAUUGAGAGUAGAAUACGCCAUCAAAGAUUCUCUCGCUCACCUACAAGAAAAAUCAAGUCGCAAUCAGCUUCGAGAUCAGGUUCCAUCAAAGAGCCAAGCGCAAACAUUAAAGCUACUUCACCAGCGAGAUACAGAUUUGGAUUUAUAGAAACUGACUCAGACUUUGCCGAGCAUCAAACCAGAAACGCCGUAGAAAGAAGAUUAGAUCGGGGUCAUCACUUACCAAAAGUUAAAGUGUCUCGCACGUUGGGUAUUUCGCACUCUGACCACACCCUUCCUGCACUUCAUAUAACACCUGGAAAAACGAAAGCAAGAGUCACAAGUAUUUUCUUUCAUCGUGAACACUCUCCUGCUUCUACGCCAUCAACAUCUCCACAUCGCACUCAGAAAGCAAGCACAACGAAUCUUAUCGAAAGUCUAUCAGGUCGAAAUCACUCACCGGACCAUUCGGGUGACAAGCGAAAGAGGGAAGGUAGCUCAGACAACAAUGUCGAUACAAAGCUGAAGUUGGGAAAAAGAUCAUUAAAAGACUUUUCACAAUACUCAGAAUUCUCCAUACUAGAAAAAAGAGCGGACGAUCAAGGUGAAAGCAGCAAACAACAAUCAUCAAGUUAUAGGCAAAGUUCUCCCACACAAAUGUCCGGAAAGAGAUUUUCGGAUUCCCAGGUUGCAAUUCAUCAACUUAAGAAAGGUGGUCAUCGAGUGAAGGGUAUUUUGGACGUUGGAGUUCCGUCUGAUAAAAGUGCGCAACAUCAACUUCCACAAAUACAGGUUCAACAUGGACAUAUGACCGGUCAUGCUGUUUCUUGGAUCACAGGUGCGCGUACAGUAGCUGAAAGAAAGGUCAGGUUUCAAUUAAGAAAAGGAAAGGAGACCUACUACCGCAAACCUGGAAAAGAUGAAAAACUAUACACCACUAGACCUUACAGAGCAGCAUUUAUCGAAACGCACUCGAAACACGCCGAUUCUCAUCUUGUGAAUGAUGUUGAUCAACUGCUUAAACAAGAUCAAAGGCUGUUUGAUGUUAAAAUAAAUGACGUUCAUCAUCAUCGGAAUUCUGAUCAUACAUUUCCUGCACUUCAAAUAACACCAGGUCAAAAGAAAACGAGGGUAACAAGUGCUUUCUUUCACCGUGAAAAACCUACUGCCUCAAAGCAACCACCCGAGCAGUCCCAACCCAUAACCCAACAUGCUGGCGAUAAACGGAACCGUGACGGCAUAACAAAAAUGGAAUUGGGUAAAAGAUCUCUUCAUCACGAGAUCCAAUCUCCAAGGAACUCUAUUGGAAUCUGGAAAAGAGGAGAGAAUGAUGAUCCCCCGCGCAGCAAAGGUCCUCUGCCAAAGGCUUUUGAAAACAGCUUUUACAGAAAUGAAGCUAGAGGAAAGUAUCGAAGCAGUAUAGAUGAUCUUAAACGACUAAAAGGUCAAGGACAUACAGUCAAGGCAAUCUCAAAUAUUGGCGUUCAUGCAGACAGCAGGGAAACGAGAACUGAGCUGCAAGUCAGUAUUCGUGACGGCAGACGAUCUGGACAUGUUGUCACAUGGGUAAUGCAACACCCAAAGCAUUCUUCAACAGCACAUGUUGCAGUAUAUAGGAGGAAGAUAUUGCCGUCUACAUCGCAUCAUGGUCCUGACGUCCAUGUGUCAGGCUUUGUCGAAUUGUCAAAACACACGAAUGAUGACGAGGGUAUUGUCUCGCGUGGGGUAUACAAUUUACACCGUAAUGGGUACCUUCUUAAACAUACCAGUACUGUUCCAACAAGACGUGAUCCAAAUGCAUCUCAUAAAUUACCUGCCGUUCAUGUUAGACCUGGCAACGAACACGCAAGAGUCUUGAGCGUUUUCGUUACUCCUCGAAAAUCUUCACCAACAACACAUCAACAUAGUUCACCUGGACCGAGUACUCAGCAUUCAUCCGAAGCAGGUCAGACAAUGAAUCUGAUCGAAAGGCUUGGAGGAGCUUCUUCACCACAACACAGCCAUUCAAGCUCAAGUUCAAGAGAUUCGAGUCCUGGUGUACGCUCAAACAAGAGACCACGAACGGAUCUAAGGCUUUAA